AUGGAAUGGCCCCCAAGAUCACCCGAUCUCACACCUUGUGAUUUUAGCAUGCGGGGAGUUAUCAAAGAUCGAGUUUACAAGACGCCAAUUCAAAUCCAUUUAAAAAAACGAAUCGAGGAAGAAUUCCAAAUUUUGAGCACCAAUUAUUUGUAUCUUUACAACGCCACAAACGUGGUAAAAAAACGUUGUGGAGCAGUUAUUGAAGCUGGAGGACAUCAUUUUGAACAUUUAUUAUAA